AUGUCUGAAUUAACAUCCACUACUGAUACGAACAAUGGUGAUAGUGAAAAGAAGGAACCAGGCGAUCAAUCAUCGUUGAUUAAUUUACUGGAUGAUGCAUUCAAUGAUUUUAAAAAUAAUGAUCAAAAAUUAAGUACUGAAUCAUCAACAACAGUGACUGCUACAACAGCAGACAAUCACGAUGACAGUAUAACUAAAUCAACAACAACAACCACGACAAGUGAAAGUUCUUUGCCUCAACCACCUCCUCCACCACCGUCUGAUCCACUUCAAACAGCUUUUGAAGCGUUUUGUUUUAAUGAUGAAAAGUUUUUGAAUGAACUAGAUAAUGUACAAAAUAAUUUUUCAUCUUUUCCAUUUGGUUUUGGUGAAUCAACGAGUACAACAGGAGCUGGUGAAGGAAAUGUACAAGAUGAAAAUUUAUUUAAUGUAUUCAUGCAACUUGGUCGUCAUGCUGAUUUAUUACAAAAAAUAAAAGAUGAAGAUAUUGAAAAAGCAUUGGAUAAAUUAGCGUCGGUUGAUGAUCAACAACAGCCACAAACAUCGUCACAAACACAAGCCUCAACGGCAAAUGAAAGUGAUCAACAUAUUCAACAUUUAAAUAGUUUUAUGACUAGUAUUCUAUCAAAAGAUGUCAUGUUACCAGCGUGUCAAGCCGUUGCUGAAUCCUAUGAUGAUUGGUUAAAUAAAAACAAAUCAACAUUGAAAGAAUCUGAUUAUGAACGUUAUCAAAAACAAUAUGAUACAGUUAAAGAAAUAUGUCAGGAAUAUGAGUCAAGUGCUGCUAAUAAUUCCGACGAUAAAACACAAUUACAAAGAGUAUUACAUAAAUUUCAACAAUUACAAACCUAUGGUGAUCCUCCAAAUGAGCUUAUGUUUUUUCCAAAUCUUUUGAGUGGAGCUAGUGGUGGUAGUGAUACAAUGUUUACGGAUAUGUUUGCUGAUGCAGAUAAAGUCGGACAAAAUGAUUCAGAUUGUUGUAUCAUGUAA